AUGCUGAAUUUUUCACCUUUGACAAAAGACAGUGCAGCGAAUUUAACCUCAUUCGUGGAGACUUUUGACCAUUCCUUGAAAGCUAUUCACGCCUUGCAGAUUGAGAACUUGGACGACUAUCUAUUCUGCCAUCUGGCACUUCGCGGGCUAGACAGUCAUUCUCGGAAAUUGUUUGAAGAAAGCCGCGAUCAAAAUGAAUUACUGACUUUCGCGGAAUUAAUAAAUUUUGUGAACAAACAAAUAAAAGUGUUGGAACAUACUUUUCCUAGUACUAGCUCCCGGACUAUAAACCAUCAACAAGUCAAAGUGAAGUCACCUGUCAACUUCACACAACCGACUCAUAAACCUGCCAGUUUCAAAUAUUCGAACGCGACCUCGUCUUCGCAAAAGGUUGGAUUAACUGUUUCGCGUAAUAAUGAUACUCAAAAUAAUUCGUACCAAAACAAACUGACUUGCGUGCAUUGCAACUCAAAUCAUCUGAUUUAUCGUUGCGAACAGUUUCGUAAACUGUUGAUUCAAGAUAGGAUUGACCGUGUCAACGCCUUGAAGAUAUGCAGCAACUGCUUGAAAAGUGGUCACGAAGCGUCAAGUUGUAAGAGCAAUAUGACUUGUGGAGUUUGCUCUCAGCCUCAUCAUUAUUUGCUACAUCGGGAUGCAAGUGUUCUGCAGGCUCCGGCCGUGCCGACCCUGCAGACGCCCCGCGCUGCCGUGCAUGCAGCGGGGCCUUCGCCGCCGCGCUCCGUGAGUGUGACGCCCGCUCCAACUGGAACUGAGAAUCUUCACUCCGUGAGUGAAAAUUCAGGUUCUUACGGUGUAGUGUUGGGGACUACGAGGACUCUAGUGGUUGACAUCACCGGACAACAUCAGAACUGCCGUGCUGUUCUUGAUUCUGGAGCGCAAAGCUCAUUUAUUACUUUGAAUUGUGCUCAACGUUUGGGCUUACCUCGCAACAAAUGUCCUUACACAGUAUCAGGACUUGGAGGUGAACUUGUCAAAAACUUUGGCAUGGUGACGUGCGACUUGAAGCCGUGUAAAUUGGACGUUCCGAGUUUCCAGGUGGAGAUGGUCGUCGUGGAGAAAGUGUCAUCUGAAAUGCCAAAUGUUUCGUUUCCGCCAGAAGUUGUGGAAGAAUACAAGAAUUUUGAAUUGGCUGACCCGUUGUUUUUCGAGAAGUCAUCGGUGGAUAUUCUACUGGACAAUGGCGUCGUGUCCGAAUUGAUUAUGGACAAGCCUACUACUGUCAAGCCGAACAUUCCAAAGGUUAUUGAAACCAUUUUUGGGUACGUCGUUAGCGGAAGAUUAUACAACGACAGUAACGACACCGAAACACCAACACAGAGUUUCCAUCUGACGAUUUCUCUAGAGAAGACUUUGGACAAAACGCUGCGUGACUUCUGGGAACUAGAGGAAUUGCCGUGCAAACCUGUACUCAGCCCACAAGAUCAGCUGGCUGAAGAUAUUUACGUGCGUGAUCACUCCCGUGAUGAGGGGGGGAGGUAUAUCGUGCCGCUGCCUUUUGUUCCUGAUGCGCCGAUACUCGGAGACUCUCGCGCUGCUGCCAAGCGACGACUGCUGGCAACAGAGCGCAAACUCGCGCGCUCACCAGUGCUGCAGCAAGCUUACAAUGACUUCAUGUUGGAGUAUGAGAAACUAGACCACAUGGAAUUGUAUACUGGUAGCGAGCCGAGCAAAUAUCUUGUACCACAUCACAGUAUUUUAAGGCCAAGCAGCACAUCUACGCCGUUGCGCGUAGUCUUUGAUGCUAGUGCGAAAACGUCUACAAACGUCUCUCUUAAUGACACCCAGUUGACGGGACCAAACCUAUACCGUGAUAUAGGAGCCAUUAUAACAAAUUUUCGAUUAUUCGAAUACUGUUUCGCAAGUGAUAUUUGCAAAAUGUAUCGUGCAAUCCUUGUGCGCGAAUCUGACCGAAAAUAUCAACAUAUUUUAUAUCGGUCGUCAGUUGACGAGCCGAUAAAAGUCUAUGAGUUGAAAACAAUCACAUAUGGCGUGAGUUCGAGUCCAUUUCUGGCCAUACGCACUUUACUACAAUUAGCCAGUGAUGAAGGCGAACGUUUCCCUUCUGCUGCUGAAGUUGUACGUCAAGGCAUCUAUAUGGAUGAUAUCCUGUGGUCAUGCGCCACCUUCUCUCAGGCAUGUGCAUUACAGGACGAGUUGAUUAAUAUGCUACAGUGCGGAGGACUUGUGCUUAAGAAGUGGUCGAGCAACUCUGAACAGUUGUUUGAGCGCGUCCCGGCCGAACAUCGUGAAACUACUGUCACUUUUCAAAAGGACAGGGAUGACGUUUCAAUUAAGCUUUUAGGCUUGAAAUGGUCUCCGGUGUUUGACGCGUUCAGCUUCUCAUUGAACAAACAAGAUACCGUCAAUACUAAGCGAUCUGUACUGAAGACUCUUGCGUCAAUUUAUGAUCCUGUUGGAUACAUUGCUCCAUGCACAUUUGUUGCAAAGUGCAUUCUUCAGGACCUUUGGAAGGUGGGUCUCGGUUGGGAUGAUCCACUUCCUCAAGACGUAUGCGAGCAGUGGUUGACGUUCAUUGACGAACUACCCCGACUAUCCGAGUUGCAGAUUCAACGGCAUAUCUUGCUUCCAAAUGUAACUGAAUGCGAACUUGUUGGAUUUAGCGACGCGUCUUCUCGUGGGUACGCCGCCUGCAUCUACGUCAUCUCACGACAUCAGUCUAACGUUAAGUGCAGAUUGUUGAUGGCAAGGUCAAAGGUAGCACCUGUCAAAGUUCAGACUAUCCCGAAAAUGGAACUUAUGGCCGCAGCACUUCUUGCAAAACUAAUGAAGUACGCGUGUGAAUGCUUAAUUCGGGUUAAUGUGACAAAAAUCACAGCUUUGACAGAUUCGUCUAUUGUCUUGGCGUGGCUACAAACUGACGCUUAUAAAUUAAAAACAUUUGUGUGUAACCGUGUUACACAAAUAACAGAGUCAAUACCUCCUCAUGCGUGGCGUCAUGUGAACAGCGAAAACAACAUGGCAGACGUCGCCUCGCGAGGUGUUUCUCCGUCGCAGUUCAUGGCUGGUAACACUCAGUGGUUUGAAGGGCCUGCCUGGAUGUAUGACGAUUGUGAGAAUUGGCCUGUUUCCACUUUCAUAAACAAAUGUGAAACACAAAUCCCAGAGAUGAAAUUAAAUACAAAUACAUUUAAUUUACUAUCUCAACAAACGGGAGAAGAAGGUAAACUGGAAUUCGUUGAUCGUGUUUGCUUCCAGUUCUCUUCUUAUUCUAGAAUGCAAAGAAGCAUCGCCUGGAUCUUACGUUUACUGCGACGAUUCCGUGGUGACGUUUCGAUUUGCGACCAAGUUUUAACGACAAAAGACUUGAAUCAAGCCCAUGAUUGCUUGAUCAAAUUAGUACAAGCAGCUUAUUUCAAAGAGCAAAUUGAAACUUUGAAAAAGGGCGUAACGUACAUCCCUUCGUUAAGGAAGCUUGCACCCUUUCUUGACGAUCGAGGCUUCCUCAGGGUGGGGGGUCGUAUCCCGCACUCUGACUUGCCUUACAAUGCGAAGCAUCCUAUAUUGUUGCCGAAGCAAAGUAGGUUUACAAAGCUCUUGGUUGAAUAUUUUCAUAAGAAAUAUUUACACACAGGUCCGCAGACCUUGCAGAAUAUUCUCAACCAGAGAUAUUGGAUCUUGUCGGCUCGUAGCCUAAUUCGUUCCAUUCAUUCAAAGUGCAAGAGCUGCUACAAAUGUAGACCCACUCUGCUGCAGCCUAAAAUGGGUGACCUUCCAUCAACUCGUCUGUUACCUAAUAAGGUGUUUGAGCAUGUAGGUGUGGACCUGGCCGGACCCUUUUAUAUAAAGGAAAGCUUACGGCGCAAUGCCAAGAUAGAGAAGGCUUAUUUAGCGGUCUUCGUUUGCUUUUCAACUAAAGCCGUGCAUUUGGAAACGCUCUCCUCUCUAUCUGCCGAUUGCUUUUUGGCUACUCUAGACAGAUUCGUAUCCCGUCGCGGUCUUUCGGCAUGUUUUUAUUCCGAUUGCGGGACGAAUUUCACAGCAGCCAGUAAACAUCUUGCUGAUGUUCAGAAAUUCAUGUCUGACAAGAGCACUCAACAGGAUAUUUUUAACGGCUGCGCUCAGCGCUUGAUUAACUGGCAGUUCAAUCCUCCUAGCGCCCCUCACAUGGGUGGUUUAUGGGAGAGUUGCGUUGGUAUUGCGAAAUACCAUCUUGUGCGUGCUGUCGGUGACAAAGCCUUGACUUUUGAGGAGCUGACAACAAUUUUCUGUAAAAUUGAAGCCAUAAUGAAUUCACGGCCAUUAUGCGCUCUGCCAGCUAGUGAUAAUCCUCAUGAGUUUAAUGUCCUAAGUCCUAACUCCUGGACACUUCUUGAUAGGCAAGAGUCUGACAGCUGUACCAGAGUAUGA